AGCAGAACACACGAUCAAGGGGGAGGGAAAUGCCGCUUUGCGAAGUGGGUAGGCAUCACAUAGAUGGCAAUGGAAUCCAACUUUUCUACAGAACAUACGGGAAAGGACCAAUCAAAGCUCUCAUGAUCAUAGGAUUGGCCGGGACCCACGAUUCCUGGGGGCCGCAGAUAAAUGGUCUGGCCGGGACGCUGAGGCCGAACGACGACGAGUCGCCGCCGCUGGAAGAUCCGAGCGGUGCCGGAGCGGCGGGCGUCGAGGUCUGCGCUUUUGAUAACCGUGGAAUGGGGCGAAGCUCCGUUCCCACAAAAAAGUCAGAAUACACGACGAGUAUAAUGGCAAAAGAUGCACUAGCUCUGAUGGAUCAUUUGGGAUGGAAAAAAGCUCAUGUGUUUGGCCACUCAAUGGGUGCUAUGAUUGCUUGCAAGCUUGCUUCAAUGGUGCCCGAGCGAAUUUCAUCCUUGGCAUUGUUGAAUGUAACUGGUGGGGGUUAUGAAUGCUUACCAAAGUUUGACCGUCAAACUCUGUCAAUUGCUCUGCGUUUUCUGAGGGCAAAAACACCUGAACAGAGAGCAGCCGUAGAUUUAGAUACCCACUACUCACAGGAAUAUCUUGAAGAGUACAUUGGACUAAAGACUAGAAGAUCAAUUUUAUACCCAGAAUACGUAAAAGCCAUAUCAUCAACUGGUAUGCAGUCAAAGUAUGGAUUUGAUGGGCAGAUUAACGCGUGUUGGACCCAUAAAAUGUCUAGAAAAGAGAUAGAAUCUAUCCGUAUGGCUGGAUUUCCAGUAUCAGUAAUUCAUGGCAGACAUGAUGUAAUUGCUCAGCUAUCCCAUGCAAAACGACUUGCAGAGAGAUUAUAUCCAUCUGCAAGAAUGGUUGAACUUAAUGGUGGCCAUCUAGUAAGCCAUGAGAGAACCGAGGAGGUAAAUAAAGCUCUUCUAGAGUUGAUCAAGGCUUCACAAAGUAGGGCAAGUUCAUACGAAUGGACAAAUUUGUCCACUAAAAGCAGUGUGUGCAAGGCUUCUCAGAUAACAGCAUGGAGAGCAAUCAGAUCGUCUUUCAUUCUUGAAAGCGUAGAGAAGCUACAUAUAUUGAUGCUGUACUUUUUUGGGCUCUUUGUACUAGCCUUUCAGCAUUUACGAAGAGGCAUGAUGAGGCUUAAGCCAGUCAAGGUAGAACCAGCAGCACUUACUAACUAACACAGGAUGUGGCCUUUCCCUACUCUGGGAUUCGAUUUUUCUUCAUUUACUAUCGUCUACAGAUUGUCAAUCCGGGCACAGAUGAAUUAUACAACGAGGGUUGAAUGCCAAGGAAAUCCGUAGGAACUUGUGCUCUUUCAAGAAUCAAGAUCAAGUGCUAAUAUCUACACAAUUUUCUGAACAUUCAAAUAAAAAUGACACCUUUUUUCCUUCCCGUGUGGACUAUACAGAUACAAUGUAAAUUGUGAUACAACAUAUUGAGCAAUGAAAAGUGAUUAUAUGGAAUUA